AGAAUUGAGCGGCAAGGAGGAAACUUUGAAAAAUCAGAGAAAGUCCUAAAAAUGAAAGCCGCCGAUCAAACGGUUAUCUGCGAGUUGCUUGCCGUCGACCUCAGCGACUAUUGCUACAGAGUCUGUUCUCACUGCGAGAGAGUGCUUCCUGGAGAUUACAACAAUGAUUCUGCAACUCAAAAGAACCCAAAUUGCUCUACAGUAUCCUCGUAUGAACCCUUCUUCCUCUUUAUGAGUUUUUUAUCUUCUCUGAUAUCUAUAGCAACAGAGACAACAGUUAAAACUGUGAUAUGUUUUGAUAGAGCAGCGACUCUUCUCUUUGGUUGCUCAGCCGAUGAGUUCUUCCACUUCACCAAGCUCAAUCCUUUAACCGCAACUAUGGUUAAUCAGGAUGACGUUGACUCGGCCUCACAACCUAAACGGACAACACAUGAGAGUUGCUUCAGUUGUUCCUCUACGAUCAGGAUUUCAACCAGCAAUAAUAACACUGAGACAGCUUUGAACCACAAGGAACAUUGCUUCUUUUGGACAUCACAAAAGCUAAACGAUCCGGUGUCUCCUGGAUCAUUGGUUUUCACCAUAAACCACAUCAAAGGUCAGAGAAAGCAAAUAGAUGAGAACGAAACAGUUGGAUCCUGUAAUUUCAGUUUUGGUCUGGAAAACGUAAGUUGCCUUCAUAUAUGAACAAACUAGUUUUGCCUGAAGACUUCGUGUCUGGCUUGACGAGUGAGGACCAUCAGCUACGCUUGAAGAUGUAUGAUCUGGCUCAUCAUUUUUCUUCUUUUAUUUUUAAUAAUAAAUGUGAAAACUUCAUAUCAAAUCUGACCUUAGCUCAGUUGGUAGAGCGGACUGUAUUAGUCAACCUAACAGCAAAUCUUUAGAUUACUGGUUUAAAUCCUG